CCUUUGUGAUUUGAACCGUUUUUAGUCUUCUCUGUGGGACGGGGACCAUCAACAAAAACCGCGUCUGUCCUCCACUCCCAUAGCCUACUAAUGUCUGAGAGACUAGCAGCGGACUUGUCCAGCGAUGAGGUGUUCAUCAGCCGGUUCCCGGUCCACAGAGCCUGCCGGGAUGGAGAUGUGGGAGCUCUGGUGUCCCUGCUACAGCAGCUCUCAGACCGGACUCCUCUGACCGCUGAGGACUCCUGCUACGGAUGGACCCCCUUACACUGGGCUGCUCACUAUGGACAGCUGGAGUGUGUGGUGCGCCUGGUGCAGAUAGGUUGUGAGGUUAACGCAGUGACCAGCCGCUUCAACCAGACGCCGACACACACCGCGGCGUUUGGAGGACAUCCUCAGUGUGUUGUGUGGUUGACUCAGGCUGGAGCCGACGUCAACAGACAGGAUUUUGUAGGUGAGGCUCCACUCCACAAGGCGGCUCGAUCAGGUAGCUUGGAGUGUAUCCAGGUCCUGUUGAUAGCAGGUGCUAAACCACAUUUAAGGAACGCCAGUGGACAGACAGCAGCGGACCUGGCUCACGCUCACGGCUUCCUCGACUGUUUCUACUUCAUCUCCAAAACCAAGAAGCACCUGCAGCAGCUCGGUGGGCUCCAUGUGAACGGAGACAGCGUCCCGUGUGGCCAGAGCCUGCUCAGCAGAAAGAGGCUGCUGACAGCCGUGGACGCUGGACACAUGAAGAGAGCCAGGGGAGCUGAUGGUGUGCUGGUGCAGAUGCAGAGCAGCGAAGGUGAGGAGCUGGAGAACAUGAACGUGGAGCUCAACUCAGAUGAGGACACCAAAGCCGUCACCAAUGGCCAUCAUCACACUCUGCCUUACACAGACCACGAUGACCCCGAGCCACCAAAAACUGUCCCCUCACCUCUGACCUCUCCAGCCAAUCAGCAGGCAGCUCGGCCCUCUUCCUCUGACAUGUGCGGCUCCCUGCACCUGACGGGCAGUCCCAGCAGCUGUGUGUCCCACCGGCCGGCCUGGUGGGGGCUGAUGGGAGCGGACUGCGGGGACUUCUUGCAUUACGGACACUACCACGGCUUCGGAGACACGGCGGAGGAGCUGUGUGACAGCAGCAGCCUCGACCACAGCAGCAGCAUCCAGGCUGAGCACAGAUACAAGAUCCAGCUGUACCACCACUCAUGA